CGGGAAAAAGCGAUGUAAAUAUUUUCCCAAACUUUAUCAGUGGAUAAGCAAGAAAACACAUUUUCUGUGAAAAUUUUAAAAGACUUUCAGAAUACAGAACUCUGCAAAUUGAAUUUGAUGUUGAAAUGCGAGGACACAAGCUUCAAUUUUAUGUCUGAAGUGGGAUGUCGCAGAGAAAACAAAUGAAUGCAUUUAGCAUGUAUUUGCCCAUUGCGAGUCCUUAUUUCCAAAAAUAUAUCAAACUGAUUGACUUAAAAUUUAAGGUUUUUAUGAUUUAAAAAAAAUGCUUAGUUUUUUUGCUAUAUUAUGAUAAUGCUUCACAACGUAUUUUGGGAGAAGUUAACGUCACGGAAAUCGGGGUCGAGGUUAUAUGCAAGGUUUCUUGAUAGUCACGGUGUUAUGUCAUUCCUUUGCACUUAGCCUUUGUUGGUUUGCCAACUCGAAAUAAAAAUCCUACAUGUUACCAGAACUGAAAAAAAUACCAAGGUCACACGACCCGUUUUAAUUCAACAUGCCAAACUUGUGAGGAAAACCCCCGCCAUAAUCCAACCUGCAAAGAUUGUCUUCCACGCGUUUGGGGAGUACCAAGAUGGCGACCAACUGGCAUCAACCAAUCGACACAUCGCUAGAUAUGUCUGCGCGAUUCCCCCCCCCCCCCUUUUUUUUUUUUUUUAAGAUCGGUGGGGAAAACCUCAGUACUUUGUGAGGCUUCAUUUGCCCAUCAUUGAUGACCGCUGAGAUCAUCUGUCAACUCCUGACAUGUUAGUUGUCGUUUGUAAAUUGUUUUACACAACGAACUCUGAGGCAGACUCCACUGCAAUAGAUGGCGGCAAUGCCUCUUAAAUCGCUAGAUGUCACUCACUAAUAAAAACAAAGAAAUGUUGUGAGUCAAGAAUUUAGUGUAAUGGCAACGCCAAGGAUACCUUCGACUGUACUUUCUUUAAAACAGGUCCGUAGAUUAGUCACUGCUUCACAUCAUUCCGUCGAAGUUGUUCCACUUUGCAUUCCUCGCUCUCAGUGGGCAGGAGGGUAUACUCUGAACUGGUUGCCAGCCAAUUGCAGGGCACAUGAAGACGGACAACAAUCACACUCACAGUCACACUUGGGGAAAAUUUAGAGUCUCCAAUGAACACGUUUUUGGAAUGUGGGAGGAAACUGGAGUGCCCAGAGGAAACCCACACAGGCACGUUUUUACAGAGGCAGAACAUUUUGGGAAUAUACAGAAAUAUGUUGAGGACGAUACGAUAUGUGCCAGAUGCGGCAGAUAGGAAGUACCUCAGAGACUGGGCAAGAGAGGAAUUCAAGAGGAACAAGCAUGCCACAGACCAGGAUCUGCAAGCAAGUUUAGAGAACUUGCGCUUGCCUGGGAGCUUAUCUGGUUGCUCAGCAGCAGUUGUUCUGGAGACUAAGCAAGGAGUAAUGGCUCCAUUUUCAGUGACUUUCAGCCCAUGCCACUACAGGACUGUUUUCACUGUGGACACUGACACUUUUUACCAGCUUCAUUCAGCAUCUUCACAAGAUGGCACCUUCAAGUACAUGGAAUCUGAAAAUUGCACACAAGGAUGAGUCAGACUUGCGGCGCACCAUGACUCUUUUUCUGAUUUCCUGUCUGAUUUCUUUUGAUUUUCCCAUGAUAUCAAACAAGGAGGUAGAGUAUUUGAGGUGUGGCCUUAAAUACAUCCCCACAUCAGCCAUCAAUUAACUCAUAUGUUGGAGCCACCCAUCUGGAUUUUCCAAAGCCAUGACGUUGUCAUCUCUGCUUCACCAUAUUCUUUCACAACAGUACUUUUUGUGUAUGUAACAUUUUGACCUCAAAGAAUAUGAUAUAUGAAAUUAAUUAUUGUGGCAUUUAACAAAAUUAAAUAAUUUUACUGAUCCUGACUAACUUGAAACAGCAGAGGUUUUGUCUGAUUUGACUUCAAUGUUUUUGCAGUGUAUGUGAACUUCUUGAUUCAACUACACACACGCACACAAACAUAUUCUGUAGUAAAUGAUUUAAGUCGUCGUCCAAGAUGUACUUGCCACUUGAUGUUACCAAAUAUUUCUGUUCAUAUCUGUGUUUAUGUGCUUGCGCAUGUGUGGUUGUUGUUAUUGUCAAAUAAAAUGUCUUUAAAUUACCACGCUGGAUAUAUACACGUGUGUUUAGCUGUAUGUAUUUUGUGUGUCUGAGAGAUGCUCAUGAGUGAGGCCAAGGACAUAAAAAAAAAAGUUGCCUUGGAAAAAAUUAAUUGCAUUUUUUGUAAGUGCUGCUGUGAAAUCAUUUUAAGACAACAACCACAAAGAAAGCCAGCGAAAUCUUGGAGGGACUGAUUCUUCACAUUGAUGAAGUGAUCAUUAUUCAGUCAUCUUUUUCCUUUACUUUUUGU